UCCUAAGCACAGCUAUUCUGCACUGUAGCCGAAGUGUUCUUUUACAAUAUUGAGCACAAUCUGUAACCCAUUAUCAUAGCGACUCAUCUGCGAGCAAUCUUCUUGGGGCAGCUUAAAUAAUAUUUUAAAUUGCUUUGUUCAUGCCCAAGGGCGAAGGACAUAAGCUUGCAAGAUUCUUCCAGAUAUCUGGUGGGCUAUAUAGCCUUGCUAAAUACCAUGCCAACUGCUUUUUCAUUGCCGCUACAUCAGAUGCUUUGUUGAAGAUAAUUUAACGUUACAAUAGAAGUAAAAAGGCAGUGAUGUUAUGAUUUAUCCUCAGUCAAAUCGGACAGGCAUAACUUUUUGCGUGGUUUCAAAUGGUUGCAGUUGAAGACAUUAGUUCAUUGCUCUGGUACACUGGUUUUCUUACCAUGAAAUGUCUACAAAUGCCCAGCAAGUCUUACAGUCCAAAGAAGAUGCAUCUAAAUCUAGCCCAAAAGGAGAACCACUGGAAGACACAAAUGACGAAAGUGACACGCAACUGGAUCUGCUGACACUGUUUGAAAGCAUUGUCAAAGCAGUAAAACAAUGGAAGCCCUUUCCCUUGAGAGCUCAUUAUGUAGAAGACAUCAAUGAGACAAACAAGCGAGUGCUUCUAGCUGUAAUCUCAUUCCUUUUGUGCACUAGUUUUUCGUUGGUAUGGAUCAGCGCUUUCAUAAUAGAUGCACGAAGAAGUCACGAAUAUGCACCGACAGAUUCCUUUUCGCCACACGUCCUAAGCUUAUCUGCUAUUGUUCUCGUGAUAAGCUUGAUUAACUUUGCCUUUAACUUGUGUGGUUUUGUCGGCGUUUUCCGUGAAAACAUCAUUCUGAUACGCAUCUUUUACAUCGCCCUCAUUGUGAUACUCUCUUUGAAGUUGUGCACUGCACUUUUUAUAUUUUCGUUCACUGGAGCUGCUAAGCAAAUUGUUGGCAGUCUUUUAGGAGACCGGCUGGUUGUCAACUAUCGCUCAAGUUCAGAUAUUGAGGACACAAUGGAUUAUUUGCAAAUCAACUUUCGCUGCUGCGGUCUCCGUGAGGAGGGAUUUCAAGAUUGGAAUAUUAGUAUUUAUUUUCAAUGUUCCGCUGACAAUCCAAGCGCGGAGCGAUGUGCCGUGCCCUGGUCCUGCUGCAGGAAUCAAACCACUUCCAGAAACGCCCUUUGCGGAGCAAACGUACAAAAGGUGGACCGCAAUAUUGCCAGUCAAACCAUUUACACCAAGGGAUGCAUCAUCGCCAUUUUGGAGUGGGCCAGUGACCACGGAUUCCUGGUGGCCUUCCUGCUUCUGCUGGAGACGCUGCUGUUGACGGUGAUGAUAUUCCAGAGCACGCACCUGGUGAACGAGCUGCAGAUGAUGAACGGCGUGUACCGCGGCCCCUGGUGGACCUGGGUCGGCAAGCAGCGGCCCGGCCGACCGCCGCGACUCUAUCAGGGAGUCGGCGGGUACCAUCAGCAGCGUCCCGCGCAGACGCUGCCCUUCCACCUGGAGCUGGUCUGGCACGAACCGUCCACCUCUGACGGUCCGUGGCGCCCUCAAAUUGGUCAGCUGCAGACAGGGCCGAUCUCCGUACAACAGACCUUCGAGGGGGUCCCGCAGACGGGUGAGCCGAACUACAGCGGCCAUCAAACCUCCGGAGAGGUCUACCAUGAGGGUGAGCCGAUCGACCCGAGAACCACUGCGCGGUACGAGCAGCGCCGCUCGACCAUCGGCCAGCGCUUCUUCCGCGCGGUCAUCAGCCGCGCGUCGAGGUUGGUUCACCGGCGGCGAGCCGUCACCGCCCAGGGAGGCGCCGGCGAGGAGGAGCGCGAACAGAGCGCUGCCGCGCCCCGGCAGCAGGGCCGCGGCGACUGGGUGGUCCAUCACCGUGCCAGGGAGGUCGGCUCGGUGGGACCGGCCACCGCCGUCGCCCGCACUCUGCAGCCGCUUGGUGAGGAGCGUGAGACAGAGUCAUCCGCGGUGACUAGGCUGGAAAAGUCUCCGCUACCUCCGAUAGGUGGACGCGUCAAUGAGCAGUCGGCCAGCCCUGAGGUAGAAGUAGAGGUCGAACCUGUUGAACAGUUAGUGGAGGUUCAGGAUAGUCUGAGCACAGCAAGUAUCGAUAAGGAGGAGCUGUUUGAGAAGAGAAAGACGUCACAAAUUAUCCAGCCAUCCCCGGUUACCAUCAAGAAGCAGCUGAAGGAUCCAAAGAACUUCGAAAAAAGAAAAUCGCUGCUUCCCGGGCUUAUUGUUUCUCAAAAUCAGAUCAAACUUCCAACUGUACAUUCGACCACAUCGAAAAAGCCUUCCACUGAGGUUGAAGUUGAAAAUGCAUUGGAAGCAAAAGCUAAUGAGUUUGAGGCUACGGCCAGCAGCAAUGUCACCUCGGUGACGGACGCAGUCACGAGGAGUGAGGGAACUGCUGGUGGACUACCCUCUACGCCGAUCUCUGAUGUUCCCAGGGACACCCCUGCGAAGUCAACUCCUCCCGACAGUACGUUCCGCGCCGCAGAAGCUCCUCCGACUCAGAAGCCUCCCACAGAGCCAUCUUCCACAAAAGCUGCCGCCCCUCCAUCGCUUCCAACAGCACCCACAAUCGCGAAGGUCUCGCCGUCUGCUGGCUCUCAACCCUUGGAGAUGGAAGCGCCAAAGCCACCGAGCGUGGAUGUGUCAUCAGGUCCAGUCGUCAAUUCAGCUGUGGAGACGAGCAAGGGCGAUGGUGAUGAGGCCCAGCAUCGUGAAGCGGGUGCUGCGUCUUCCCAGCACAGCGAAGCUGACGAAGAUGCUGUCAGUCAUGAGGAAACGGAUGAUGACACCGGUCGAGCAAUUUCGAUUUCUGACAAAGGAUCGCCAGCAGGAGAAAAAGAUGUGUUCACUCCAGAUGGAGAGCAGGAUCAAGAUAGUUACGAGGAAAGAAGCAAAGAUACCUCCGAAAGAAAGAGCAAAAGGGGUCACCACCACCACCAUAAAAAGUUAAAGUCACACAAAAAGAAGAAACACAAGAAGAAAAGGGGAGAGGUCUCACCAGCGCCAGAUGAAGGCAGAGCAGGCCCUGCUGGACCGUCCGGCCCUGCAGCUGAUCCAGUUCCUGAAUGGCUGAAACCAAGUCCUCAGAACACGGCUGACGAUCAUGCAGCCGACACGGGCACAGGCUCGGUACAUUUCACUCCGUCAGAAUUCAAGAAGCUGGCCGUCGUCCAGAAAACAGACCCUGAGGCUGGGAAAGCUCUGGCCCAUACCGGGGAGCGCAAAGGGACUAUCGCCACCGCCAUAUCCAAGAAAUUGCACGACAUUAUGCCGAACUUUAAUCCUGGAUCGGCUUCGCAUUCGCCACAUACUCAAAAAGUAGAGAGUGAAGAGCACAUCUCCCUGGCCAGGGCUGUGUCUAGGAAGCUACAUGACAUCUUACCCACGUUCGACUUCCAUCACGGGGGCUCCAAACCAAAGCCUGAAGCGUCGAACCGUCCGGCUCGCAUGUUGUCCCCUGACCCGGAGGUGGAACCAACGGGAGUGUUCAGGAGGCCGAGCACCGCUCGAGGUCGGGGAACAGAAGGGGAGAGCCGCACACCUUCGCCACUGAGGUCGUUGAACGCGAAUUCUGAUGCUGAGUGGUGAACAAUGCAUGGUAGGGAUUCAACUGAUUACGUACAGUGCUGAUGUUCAUUGCUAUCGACUGUGUAUCUAUAUACGCAGUGUGUAUCGACGUGUUUAUGAUGCAUGAAUAGAUCAAUAAGAGCGAUUUAUGAAUAUUGCUCAGAGGACUCAGGCUUGGAGGGAAACUGCCCCGCUGUUUUUCAAGGGCGCACCGCUUCACAAUGUAAUAGAUAUCACGUAAAGAUAAACUUAGACACAAAAUGCCAUGAUUAUCCCAUUGUUCGAAAAUGUAUUAUAUCAAACAUGUUCACAGGCAUAGAAAAAAAUGCUAGCCAUUACGAUGUGAAGGUGCGAAAUACGAUCG